ACAUUUUUAAUCUGCAUCCCUUCCGUAAUGUCCCCAUCCAUCUUUCAAUGCGUUUCCUAUUCUAAUUCGAUGUAAAAUUUUGAAAAACUUGCUUCUUCUAUAAAUAGUUUGUCAGUGCUUCAAAUCUUUGUUGUUCACACAGUACUUAUAAUUGAAAGGAAGUGACAAAAUCUUUUUAUACGAUGUCAUCAGGAAGGCCGAUUAAAUGUGUGGUCGUCGGUGAUGGUACUGUUGGUAAAACUUGUAUGUUAAUAUCAUACACUACAGACAGUUUUCCAGGGGAAUAUGUGCCCACAGUAUUUGACAACUAUUCUGCACCAAUGGUUGUGGAUGGUGUAGCAGUGUCCCUAGGAUUGUGGGAUACUGCAGGCCAGGAGGAUUAUGACAGACUUAGACCUUUAAGUUAUCCACAAACAGAUGUCUUCCUUAUAUGCUUCAGUGUGACAAGCCCAUCGUCUUAUGAAAAUGUAACUUCAAAAUGGUAUCCUGAGAUUAAGCACCACUGUCCUGAUGCACCUAUUAUAUUGGUUGGUACAAAGAUUGACUUGAGGGAUGACCGUGAAACUCUCAGUUUGUUAUCUGAACAAGGAAUGUCUCCGUUGAAGAGGGAACAAGGUCAAAAGUUGGCGAACAAAAUUAGAGCUGUAAAAUAUAUGGAAUGCUCUGCAUUGACUCAACGUGGACUCAAACAGGUGUUUGAUGAAGCCGUACGUGCAGUAUUAAGACCUGAACCUCAGAAGAGACAUCAGAGGAAGUGUUUAAUUAUGUAAAUAAGACAAACUCCAUGACAGAAUCGACAAUUAUACAUGCAGAAAUCUCUCGACGACAGUAAUAAUGUGUUUCUAUACCAGCAUGUUCUUCCAAGGUAGCCCCCAUUUUAUAUAAUAAAUAUUGAACAAAAAUUACAGUCAUUGCAUGUCAAUAAGUGCCAUAAACACAUUCUUCAUACAACAUAGUGAUACUUUAUAAUAUGUUAACUGUAUUCGGAUCAUCACACAACUAUUUUAGUUAUAUUUUCUGCUUAUAUUUAAGCAUAUGAAAAUGCCAAAGAUUUUAUAAAUAGAUGUAAGACUCAGUAUAUUAUUUAGUAUGUUUUUGUAAAGUAUCUUCAAUGGUUAGAAACAAAUUGUUACUGUUAUGUAAAAUGACUAUAAUGUUAUUUUUGUAUAUGCAACUGGACCUCAAUAUUCGAAGUUUUGAAAUAUAUUCUUAUGCAACUUGUGAAUAAUGACUGACCGUAGAUGCUAGUUUUUAACAUACUCAAUUUAAACUCGAAUUAGUUGCAGAUGUUUAAGCAUUUAUUAUCCAGUAAAUGGCGUAUUUGUUAAGCGGUAUUUUAUUUAGAUAUAUUAUAUUAAUAUUCAUGCUUAUAAUAAUUCGUAGGUUUGCUUUAUUCUGGUUGAAUAAAGUUAUAUUAAUUUAUGCUGAUUUCUCUUAUGCUAACAAUUUCUAAAGGCAAUAACUUUGCUAUUUUAUAUCCACGUAUGACAUACGUAAUAUAUAUCUGACAAAUACUUGUACUGUAUUGGCAGCUGAUAGGACUGUUUUAAGCUUCAGUGAUGGUGAAAUUUAGUCUUAUCGCCAUUUUUUACUGAUCUUUUUCAAUUUUCUAUUAAUACUAAUUUAAUUAUUUUUUUCGAAUAAUGUUUGUGAUUAGACAAAGUGUGUUUAUAGUGAUUUAUUAGGGCGAAAUAUUUUUGUAUGUGGAAAUCUUAGACUUAAGGAAUAUAAUGCAUUUAAAAAGUACUAAUUUCGCAACGAAAGUCUAGCACAACAACCUGCAGUCUCAUGCAUUCUGACACAAGGAAGUAGUGUUACUGGUAUGUUGCGAUUGUCCUCAUAAAUGAGGACGAAAAUCAACAUUUCGAACGGAAGGAAAAUGGCGUGCAUGUUUAUAAAUGCACCUUCAAUUAUUAUUGAUAUUAUUUGUAGACUGCUUUGAUUUACAUGUAAAGCUUCAAAAAUGAUUUGUGUAUAUACCUAUUUAUGUAAGAGCUAAACGAAACUUGUGUAUUAUGCACUUCAUAAAUUAUUGAACUUUA